UUCUUUUCUACCAAACUGAUUACGUUUGUAAUAUAGUUGCAACACUGAAUACCACUUGCACCUUACUUCAUUGCGAUCUUUUACAAUCAUAGGAUAGUAAUGUCAAAAGUAAAUAAAAUAUUUUCUCGAUUUUAUUAUCAUUAUUAGCAAUUUCGCAAUUUUUACAAUAAACUUAUUUUAAUAAUUUUAGUCUGCACUUAAUUAAACUAAAAAUAUCCCACAUUUAUAAAUCUCUGGUUAUUCUUAUAACCGAAUAAGCUUUUGAAUUUAACACAAUUUAUAUUUUAAAAUGCAUAAUUUAGUGUCUUUAGUGAGUUUUGGUGAAUUAUUUACACACGUAACUAAAGAAUUUCUCCAUCAAUAUCAAGUGGUGUUCAUUUAAUAGUUAGUGACUUAAAAUUACGAAUUUGGUCCCUGGGCGUAACCUUUUUAUCCUCAGGGCGAAGGCUGUGUAAAAUAUGAUAUAAUAUUAUUAUUUUGUGAGAAAGUGAACUUAUUUGUGUAAAAAAUGGCUGAGGACGAAGUGCUUUUUGACGACGUCUACGAAUUAUGUGAAACUAUUGGCAAAGGACCUUUCAGCUUGGUUCGUCGCUGUGUACAUCGGCAAACAGGUCAACAGUUUGCUGUAAAGAUCGUGGAUGUGGCUAGGUUCACUGCUAGUCCUGGACUAAGCACAGCUGAUUUGAAGCGAGAAGCAACAAUAUGUCAUAUGCUGAAACAUCCACACAUUGUGGAACUUCUCGAGACAUACAGCUCAGAGGGGAUGCUGUAUAUGGUCUUUGAGUAUAUGGAUGGAUCCGAUUUGUGCUUUGAAGUGGUUCGCAGGGCCACGGCUGGUUUCGUGUACAGCGAAGCUGUUGCAUGCCACUACAUGCGUCAGAUAUUGGAAGCGUUGCGCUAUUGCCACGAGAACGAUAUAGUGCAUCGCGACGUGCGCCCCCACUGCGUGCUAUUGGCCGGCCGCGAUAACUGCGCGCCCGUCAAACUCGGCGGGUUCGGUGUGGCCGCACAGUUGCCCACGCCCACCUCCCAUCGGGCCCCGCCUGGUCGCAUAGGUACGCCUCAUUAUAUGGCGCCAGAGGUUGUAUCCAGCCAGUUGUAUGGAAAACCGGUGGAUGUGUGGGCAGCGGGGAUAUUGCUGCAUGUACUUCUAGUAGGAUACCUGCCCUUCACCGGCACUAGGGAGAGACUCUUUGAAGCAAUAUGCCGAGGCAGAUUGAGGUUUGAUGCUCCAAUGUGGGACGACAUCAGCGAUGCCGCAAAGGAUUUGGUACAGCGCAUGCUGACUGUAGAUCAUACCCAAAGAAUCACCAUUCAAGAUGUAUUGAACCAUAGAUGGAUCCGGGAUCGUGACAAGCAGAAUCGUAUCCAUCUAGCGGGCACCGUGGAGGAAUUGAAGAAGUUCAAUAGUCGCCGUCGUCUUCGCGCCGCUACUCUUGCUGCUGCAGCUGCUGAUGAUGAAGAGGACGAUGAACAGCCGACUCGUCGCCAAGCGCUACUAGAAGAAGCUAACGCUGCGGCUGUAAAUCUGGUGGUGGAGUCUUUAGACGACGUGGCGGUUCUCCAAGACGGUCCUCUGUUUAUGGAUCCAGAUCUAUUCCAUAGUGUGCUUGAUGAUUUACAAUUAAGAGCUCUAUUAGAGGUGUACGAUCGUAUAGCGUGCACGGUGGUGGUGAGCAGCGGCCGCGCGCCCGCCGCUGAGGGCAGGCAGCGGUGCCGGCACGCGCUCGAGGCGGCCACCAGGCUACGGCAUGCGGGCGCCGGGCCCGCCGCCGCCACGCCCGCCACCGCCGCCGCCAUACAUGAGCUGCGCCGAAUGCUAGCCCUGCCACAUAUCAAGGUACCCACCGUAUACUGUAUACUGUCCCACGCGCGCCGGAGGCGACUUACGUUAGUCGCCUAUAGCGUAUAGUACACCAUACGCU